UUAAACCCUAGUCUGAGUCGCACCGAUCAUGUAUAUAUACACCCGAAAGAACUAAAGCUAGGGUUUGUGUAGUUCCACCGAGUAGCAACAAUGUCGAAGCGAGGUCGCGGAGGAUCGGCAGGGAACAAGUUCCGCAUGUCACUGGGUCUGCCGGUGGCGGCGACGGUGAACUGCGCCGACAACACCGGCGCGAAGAAUCUCUACAUCAUAUCAGUGAAGGGGAUCAAGGGAAGGCUGAACCGGUUGCCGUCAGCUUGCGUGGGUGACAUGGUUAUGGCCACCGUCAAGAAGGGAAAGCCUGAUCUCCGUAAAAAGGUGCUCCCCGCUGUCAUCGUCCGUCAGCGCAAGCCGUGGCGCCGAAAGGACGGUGUUUACAUGUACUUCGAAGAUAAUGCUGGGGUCAUAGUGAAUCCCAAGGGUGAAAUGAAAGGUUCUGCUAUCACUGGUCCUAUUGGGAAGGAGUGUGCUGAUCUGUGGCCCAGGAUUGCAAGUGCUGCAAAUGCUAUUGUUUAAGCUGGGUUUUUAGUUUAUGUAAUGUUUCUGCUUCUUGAAGUGGUUUCAGAUAUUGUUUUAGGUUGAAUUGCAGACAAUAUUGGCAUUUGGCACAUAUAGUUUGUUUUUGCUUGACUUCUCAGUGAGAAGUGUUUUGAUGAGAUUAAUUGAUAGUUAUAAGAGAUGUUUUCUUGGUUGUUCUUGUGA